CAGGAAGCAGAGGGAGAAAAGAGCGCCUGGAUCAAAAAUCGGAGACGUUACCUGAAGGAGGAGCAGCUGAUCGCCUCAACACGCGAGACAGAAACCACACGAAGACUCCUCAUUGUCCUUGUCAACGUGACCAUGAGUGCCUUAACUGGUCAAUGCAGCACUAUCCAGGAGCAGAGGGACCGCUGGGAGAGGAAACGCAGCCGAACAGCCAAGGAGUUGGUGAAGACGGAACAGAUUUACUGCGAACAGUUGAAGCUGGUCACCACUUACUUUGUGGAGAUCCUGCAGGCUAAAGGAACCCUGAAGCCGGACAUUAGAGAAAACAUCUUCAGUUCAAUUAAAGAAAUUCAUUCCGUAAACCAAUCACUUUUGGUCCAUGUGGAGAACGGCUACUUUGGCCGAGGCUUCGACCAGUUCUGUCCACAUCUGCAGCACUACAACACGUAUGUGGACAACAUCUAUAAUGCCAGCAAAGUACUCGGGAUCCAGCUGAAGAAGAACAAGGCCUUCAGACGUUUCAAGAAACUGCAGGAAUCCCGAGCAGAGUUCAAGGACCACAAGCUGGAGGAUUUACUGCAACUUCCCGUUCAGCGGAUUGAUCAGUAUAUGCAUUUCUUACAGGACCUGACUGCCAACACCACUCCAGACAACCCGGAGUUUGAGCAGCUUUCAAGGGCGGUGACCGAGGUGAGCGAUGUGUCCCAGCGCAUCCAGAACAAUACCAGGCGCCAUGAGAACCACCUGCAGCUUUGCCGUGUGCAGAAACUGCUGAAAGGACGGAGUACAAAGGUGCUGGCUGCAGGGAGAUGGUACAUCCGAGAGGGCUGGCUGAAAAUGGUUCCUCCGAAAGGCAAGGAGGCUAAGCCCAAGAUGUUCUUCCUGUUCUCCGACAUGCUGCUGCAGGCCAAGCGCUGCAGUCCCCUGGAUCCCACCAAUGGAGACAAGUUCACCGGCCAGCACAUGUUCCCCCUGAAGGCCUGCAAUGUGGAGAAGGUGUUUGGACACACCAAGAGCAAAGGAGGCCUGCUCAGCUUAACCUUCCCCAAAGCCAAACUCCUGCUGAUGUCCACCAACCAGGAGGAUCUGAAUGACUGGUACCAAAGCCUGAGCUCAGCAAUCAGAAAGCUGCAGUCUAAAGAGACCGUGGUCUAUCAAAGAGCUGAGACGCCGCGCAAGAGAGCACUGCACGCCGCCGCUGACAGCCACAACACACCGAGCAGCAGCAGCAGCAACCCCGUCAGGAAGAGAAACAUGGAGACCAGUGAGGAAAGGGAACGUGCUCAGAAGCCUCCAGUUGAGUGGGAGGGCAGCGCCCCCAAGAGGAUGAAGCAGUCUGAUGCUCCAGAGCAGAGUGUGGAGGCGUCCACCUCUGGCUGUGUGAUCCUCUGAUGGACCGACUGGUCCUCAGCGUCUCGGUGGAUCCAGGACGGUUUAGUCUGAGAGUUUCGUUUCGGACUGACGUCUGUGUUCCACUCUGCAACACGACGCUCAUGCUACUGUUUGUCUGAGCUGCUCACGGCCUCCUUUUUUUAUUCCUUCACUGUUCUAACAUGAGGUCUGGAGAAGUCUGGCUUGCUACUAACAGCAGCUUCAGCCUCUGCUCACCCUGUGCAAUAUAAAGUAUCGUCGAUGUGCUGCUUUAAAACCAAAUAUCUGAUGAAUGUUCACCACUUCUGUCCUUAUUCACAGUCUGUGCCUAAAUGUACAUCUCCCGCUCAUCUUUUCAUUUUCAGUCGGGAUUUUAUAACACAUUUACUGGCCGACUGUGGACAAGAAAUGUGGCUCACUUUUCACUGACUUGAAACAUGAAGCUGCCACUGAGCUGUUUUCAUGUGGAAUUCUCUGUAAUCCAAAGUGUUACAACAUGUGAUUAUGUGCAGUAAUUAUGUAUGGAAAUACAAAAUGACCAUAAACAUUAUGAAAUGAUUUAUCUUAUUAAUAGAGAGUAAAAUAUCAAAUCUAUAAACCAAAAUUUUUAAUGAUAAACAAACACACAGAAACAUUUUAAUAUUGAAGUUUAUCAUAGAAAAAUUGUUUUUUCCCAGUGUCCCUUUUAUUAAAGACAAAAACACACUCCUACUCAUUAAUCUUUCUAUAGCUGUGAGGACACCCUCAUCCUAAUCUUAACCAUCACUUCUAAAUGCUAAGGACUAAAACUGAUCCACAUCCUGAAUUAAACAUAAUUUUUCCUCUAACAUUUAAUUGUAGCCCUUCAAAAGGUUCAGCCGACAUGUCUUCAUGAUUGGUAGAUGUCCUCAUGAUGCCAAAAUGUCCUUAACACACCAGAAUGUUUGCCCAAUGAUGGUUUUAAACCAAAAUGUGUCCUCAGAACACAUGAACACAUAGAAAGACAUGAACGUACACACAUACACACACACCCUCCAAAGAAAGAUGCUGUUUAGAAAUAAACGCUUAAAAAUAGUUAAUUUUUAAACAACCGUGUCAAUAAUGACUAAAUUCCAAUGUAACAAUGAAAUAACACUCAUAAAAAAUUAAGAAAAAAUAUUACACGGUAAUUGUAUGCUUCGUUAAGCAGUUAUUUAUUUAGAAAUUUAUUGGUUCAUUGAUGCAUUUUACCAUUUUUAGUAAUGUGAUUAUUUGUUUCAUAAUGUUUUAUUUAUUUAGUAACAAACAAUUAUUAUGACUAGGUAUUUAUUUUUGUUCAUCUUCUGCAUGCCAUCAUUUAAUCCAACUGAAUGUGAAUAUAUAAAUGAUCACGUUAUUGAUUCUAGCCAGACGUCAUAUCACCGUGGGACAUUUUUAUAGAAUGUAUGAUUUGAUUGAUUGUUUGUUGCCAAAUACACAGCAGGUAUUUAUAGCUUUGACGUGGGAGACAUACAGUGGUGAACUCUGUCCUUUUAUACUUGAUGUUAAAUAAGUGCAUUUAAUCACGUGCACUGUAUUUUAGAAAUGACAUCAUGGGUUUAUGGAAUUUUCAGUGAAAUGCCAACAACCAGGCAUGAAAACCUGGUCGUUCAGACAGAAGCUCACUUUGCUGAUUAUCUAAAUACCUUUUAUGUUUUUACAUUAUCACCAUUAUAUCCUUUAUCCUAUAUUAUAUUAUAUCCUUAAUCAGCCAAUAUAUUCUUCUUUUCUAUUUGAUCGAUUUUACUAACUCUUUUUUGUAUUUAAAAGUUCUGUUAUUUUUAUUUUUUUUAUUCUUUGUGUUUUUUAAAGAUUCUGUGUAAAGCUGCUUGCAAAUCAUACAAGGGAAUGGAAAUUAUGGCAACUUUGCAAUAAAACUCUUAAAGCAGUC